AUGGAGGAGAUCAUAGCACCACGAUUCAUUUCCAGUCUUCUGACUGUCGGGUACCUCGCACUCAGCGUGCACGCAGCCCUGCCCGAGAACUGUGCUCUGAUAAUUACGGGCAAAAGCCUGACGGAAGUGGGUGUAGGUACUCAGAGAUGCAUCACUUACGACGAUGUGAACCAGGCAGUCAGCGAGGCCAAAGAUAGUUUCUCCGGGGGCCGCGUACCUCCUGAAAUCUACGAGCUGACUUCCGAUACACCAACGCCGGAGCAUAUAACGAUUCCCGCAGAAAUUGUAUUGAAAGCCACGCGGAUUCUCGCCGAACGAUUCCACCUUUCCUACCAAGAUAUCGUAUUCGGUCUCCCCAAGAUUGACACUUCGCGAACCAUCAUCGAUGAUAUCUGCCCGACCUUCUUGAAGCCGAUAAAGUGCGAAGUGUCCCGCUACAGAACCUUGACGGGACAAUGCAAUAACCUCCAGAAUCCCUCUUGGGGCUCCGUGAGAUCAGCGAUGGUACGCUUUUUGCCACCUGCGUUCGCCGACGGCAUAUCCGAGCCAAGGAGAGCUCGCGACGGCAGUGAGUUGCCGAACCCGAGAAAGGUUUCGUUCUUGAUCCAUCAUGACGUUUCUGAAAAAGACAAGCGCAUACGAACCAUUCUUGUCGCUUUCGGCCAAUUGUUGGACCAUGACCUGACGCUAGCAGCUCCGACACUGGACCACGAAAAGCAAGACAUUGUCUGCUGUCCAACCCCGAUUGAGAAACGUCACCCGAACUGUUUGCCGAUAGAAAUUCCCGACGACGAUCCGUUCUACAAGUUCUACAAUCGCAAGUGCCUUGAAUUCGCUCGACUCCUAGCAUCCCUCAGACCUAGCUGCAAGCUCGGGCCGCGAUCCGCAUCAAACACGCUCUCGGCUUACAUUGACGCUGGCUUCAUCUACGGAUCGAACCAAGAAGUCGCCUCGAGACUCCGGACCUACAAAAAUGGUCUCAUGAAGACUACAAAACUCUAUCGAGAUUUAGGUCUGAAAGACCUGCUUCCGAUGAAGACAACCGAAGCCGACGUCGGUUGUAUGUCUCGUCCACGGGACUUGUAUUGUUUCGACGCUGGAGACGAAAGAGUGAACGAACAACUCACCUUGACCGUCAUGCACACGCUAUGGUUGCGUGAGCACAACAAGAUAGCUGAAAUUCUCCAGAAACUCAACCCUCAUUGGGACGACGAGACGACUUUCCAGGAAACUCGCCAUAUAAUCAUAGCUCAGGUGCAACAUGUAGUAAUCAGUGAAUGGUUGCCAAUGAUCAUCGGACCCGACGCCAUUCAGAAAUAUGGCUUGCUGCCCGCCUCGGACGGUUUCUACCAUGGUUAUGACCCUAAGGUCAACGCUGGGAUCCGGCAAGGUUUCCAGGCGGCUGCUUUCCGAUUCGGGCACACUCUUCUCCCGGAUGUGACCGAUCGCUACAAUAAAUUCCAUGAUAAAAUCGAAUCGAUCCGACUCUCUAGGCUCUUGCGGCAACCAUAUGACCUCUACAAGCCCGGGGUUAUCGAUACUUUCAUUCUGGGAAUGGUCAACCAACAGGCGAGUCGAGUCGAUCAGGAAAUCACCACUGAAGUGACGAACCAUCUGUUUGAGAAGACGGGUGACGGCUUCGGAAUGGACUUGGUCGCACUGAACGUACAACGUGCGCGCGAAACUGGAGUGCCUGGCUACAACGAUUUCCGCGAAUACUGCGGCCUUUCUCGAGCUAAGAGCUUCGGGGACUUGACCGGAUUCAUGGCCAAUAAGACUAUAUACCGUUACGCGCAGCUCUAUAAACACCCUGAUGAUAUCGAUCUUUGGUCGGCCGGUGUCGGAGAGUUUCCCGUGCCCGGCGGAAUCCUCGGCCCUACGUUCAGUUGUCUGAUUGGGGAACAGUUCGCCAACAUUCGUCGCGGAGAUCGAUAUUGGUUCGAAAACUCUGGAUGGCCCUCAUCUUUCACCUUGGAACAGUUAGCCGAAAUCCGGAAAUUCUCGCUAGCACGACUGAUUUGCGAUAACUCCGAUGACAUGCAUGAUAUGCAAUUACAUGUUUUCGAAGAAGCCACAUCCAACGGAAAUCCGAGGUAUGGCUGCACAACUGACCGGAUGCCGAGAAUGGACUUCUCGAAAUGGAAGGAUGUGAAAUAUGUCGAGGGCGAACGGUUGAAGGCGUGA